UGGACAUGUGGCAGUAGCAGGUGAAAUUUAUUCUUUUAGGAGAUGUUUCACACAGCUUUCCCACCAGUUGGCCUACAUAUCCCAUGAAGUCCUCCUCCCACUUUGACAAGCUACGAUCACAUUGGGAGACGCAGCUAUCCCAUCUGCCAAAUACUUUUUCAUCGGUACGGUGCCUGACCAUGGAUUUUGAAUCUAAGAUUUACCCUCAAAUUGGAGGCUAUGGAAGAUAUAAUCGCAUUGUGACCAUUUUCAGCUGGUUCCCAAACUUCGCCGUGACGUUGAACCUCUUCUGUGAUGUUUUCUAUACUUUGACUCCCGAGUCUUACCACUGUAAACCCGACCCAAGUCUUCUGCCGUCGGGGUUUCUCCCAAGUAACUUUUCCAAACAAGCCUACCUCAACUUUACCAUUCCCUGGGACAAAGACAAUGCUGGACUGAGUCACUGCGAGUUGUACAGGUACUCAUCCAACUACACGAAUAUCACGGACAACAUGCCGAGAGUGAGAGUACCGUGCACGAAAGGAUGGGAAUACGCGAAACCAGCAGGGCUCGAGAGCAACUUUGUAACGGAGUGGAACCUUGUUUGUGGGGACUACUGGAAGAUUCCCCUUCAGCACAUCUGUUUCAUGACUGGCUGGGUGCUGGGCUAUGUUCUUCUAGGCACCAUCUGUGACUGGCUGGGCCGGCGGCGGGCGCUUCUCAUGUCUGUGUCCCUCUCGGGACUGCUGGGAGUGGCGGUGUGCGUGUCCAACAGCCCCGUGGCCUUCCUGCUGCUCAGGCUCUCCCAGGGCUCCAUGUUGGCCGGGGUCUUCCUCUCCUCGUACAUCGCACGUCUGGAGGUGUGCGACCCCCCCCAUCGGCUCAUGGUGUCCAUGGUCAGUGGAUUCUUUUCUGUGUUUGCGGAGUUGCUGUUGCCAGGACUGGCGGUGCUGUGCAGUGAUUGGCCAGUGCUACAAGCAGUGGCCACUGUGCCCUUGCUACUCAUGAUCUCAUAUUGGUGCUGUGCCUCAGUGUUCCCAGAGUCCCCCCGCUGGCUGCUGGCCACGGGUCAGAUCCCUCAGGCCAAGAAGACUCUGCAGAGCUUCUCAGCGCGGAACGGAGCCUGUCGGAGUGAGGACCUCUUCCCGGGCGAGACUUUGCUCUCAGAGAUAUCCUCUGCUUAUGGGGAGGACACAGAGAGUGAGUACCACAGUUUGCUGGAGCUUCGCCACACUCGAGUCAUCUGGAGAAACGGCCUCAUCCUUGGCCUCACUCUGUUCAUUGGAACAGGCAUCCAGUACUGUUUCACACGUAACCUGCACAGCUACUCCACCCACUUCUACUUCAGCUACUUCCUGCGCGUGCUGACCGGGGCGCUGGCCUGCAUCUUCCUCUGCAUGACCGUCGACCGCUUCGGACGCCGCGGCAUCCUUCUGCUGGUCGCCAUAGUGACGGGCCUGUCGUCCCUGCUGCUGCUGGCACUCACACAGUACCUGCGAGGGGGGCUUGUGCUGGUUCUGUCUGUGGUGGGCCUGCUGUCCUCCCAGGCCCUGGCCAUGCUCAGUGUGUUCUUCGCCAGUGAGGUGAUGCCCACAGUCAUACGAGGCGGCUGUCUGGGCUUGGUGAUGUCGGCGGGUUGCGUGGGCAUGGCGGCCUCCUCCCUGAUGGAGCUGCAGAACAACGGCGGCUACUUCCUGCACCACGUGAUCUUCGCCUCCUUCGCCGUGCUCUCCAUCCUCUGCAUCAUGCUGCUGCCCGAGAGCAAGCGCAAGCCGCUGCCGGACUCGCUCACGGACGGCGAGUGCCUGCGGCGGCCGCCGCUCUUCCUGUCGCGCGUCGACCGCGACAGCCUCCCGCUCCUGCGCACCACGCGCGCGCCCGCCUCCGACUACAACCCCGAGAACUACGCCCGCCUGGUCAGUGCCACCAAGAAGAUGCUGUCCAAAGACACGCUGCCUUUCAAAAUGGCCGCCGUGGCGUCUCCACACCAGGUGCUGCUGCUGCCGUCCAGCAACGGUGUGAUAUCGGGGUCCCAAGGAGGGGCCAGAGGACUGGAGAAUGGGGCAAGACAGGACAGUACUUUCUAGCACUUUCUCUAAAACAAACACCCCUUUCAAACGCACACUUGCGUGCGGUCCUCUGAUGGGAGUCCGCUCUCUGCGUCUCGUUGUGGUUUGCCAAAGGCAAACGUAAGGGGGGACUCCUCUAGAACAAGGAGGAGGUCCUCUCCACCGGGGGCUCCAACUGGACUAUCUCACCAGCUUCUCAGGAGAGACUAGAAGGUGCUAUGUCAUGACUUGCGUGAGCACAGCUGCUUUGACGGACACAAUGCCAGAAAACAGAGGCGGUCAUGCUUUAAAUGGUUUAAUAUUUUUUUAUGAUUUCCUGAUUUUCAGGGCAAGGGGAGAUGUACAUAAGUAUGUAUAUGUGUUGAGAAUUUGAACAAGCUGUUAUAUAUCAUUGCCAGAAUGCUGUAUGUUGUGUUCUAGUCCUGUGUUGUGUUGUGUGUCGUAGAAACACUGUCUCUGAGAAUACCUCUCUACGUUCCUCUCUCUCACAAACAAACACACUCUUUCUUUUUCUCUCUCUUUCUCUUCCCUGUCCCCUCCUUCCAAUGCAGAACUAUUCGGGGUUUUGGCUGCCACAGUCACUUGAGUCCAAUUCCUUGUCCACUUAGGGCUGAAAGACUCAUGGUUCUCAUUAAGUGGUGUGUCUUGUGACAGUGGAGCCAGUAUGCGAUGGCUGGCCCUGAUCUAAUAUCUCCUCCUCGUCACUGUUGACUUGCUGAAGGACGCCACUCCUUCUCCACUUAGAGGCACAGAAUUACCUCAUCUAUGGAUAGGGGUGAGAGGCGGGGGGUUUCACUUGUGUGACCGGAAAGACCAAAGACAGCCUUAUAGCUUUAAUGUUAUCAUUUUCUUGGGCUUACCACUAUGUCAGGAAAUGCCACAUACUGUGAUCAUUAUUCCUUGCUGUUCAUGUGUGCUUUGUAUGCAUCUGAAACAUCAGUUUGGAGCCAGAGGUCAUGAGUGCUGGAACCGUUACUGGAGCUUUUGCCAAAGGACAUUUUCUAUCUCCUGAAGGGAAUACACUGGGCCAAAUUACCUGACCAUACAAACUUUGCAUCAGAUGCCUCUGAUAUCAACAUAACUUUUUUUAAGCACAGACAAUGCUGUCCAAUAAAAUAAUAAAUACCCAUAAUUUAUCUUCA